UCGUCAGCUGGUGGCGGUAGUGCGCCGUAUCGCUGUUUGUUAACGACAACGUGAAAACAUGAAAAGAAGAAACUGAGUCGAAAACGAACGUCGUUUGAAUAAUUUUCGCACCAUGUCGAAAAGAAAAGUAACAUUUGAGGAUGGCAACGGAGAGUUUGACCUCGAAGACGAUGUCCCGAAUAAAAAGAGUUGUGAAGCUGUCAGCGGACCAGGCUCCAGGUUUAAGGGUAAACACUCCCUCGACAGCGAUGAAGAGGACGAAGGAGAGGACACAAACAGCAGCAAAUAUAAUAUUUUAGACAGUGAUGAUGUUGAGGGUCAAGAGGGAGCAACCAUUGACUUUGAUGAGGGAGUUUCUAUUACUCCUUUCAACCUGGAAGAGGAGAUGCAAGAAGGACACUUUGACUCAGAGGGAAACUAUUUCAUCAAAAAGGAGCAACAGAUUAGAGACAACUGGCUUGAUAACAUUGACUGGGUGAGAAUAAGAGAGCAGCCUUUCAAAAAAAAGAAGAAAGGUCUUGGAGCCAAAAGGACACGCAGAGCAGGUGAUGAGGACGAGGCAGAGGAAGAAAAACAGAGAGAAGAACAGCAAGCAGACCAAGAAGAAGAGGAGGAGGAGGAAGAGGCAGAGCCUCCAGAGGACCCACUGGCAUCCUUCACACAGCACCAGCUCACUGAAGCUGUCAUCGAACUACUGCAGCCUGGAGAAACAGUCGCUACAGCGCUCCGUCGGUUAGGAGGCCUUGGAGGACGGAAGAAGGGAAAGCUGAGGGAAGAAGAAAAAUCCACAGAGGAGACCAAAGGGGAUAAAGAAAAGCUUGAUCGGCUCACAGCGCUAGCUGACCGACUGGUUGGAUCCGGGAUGUUUGAAAUCUAUCAGCAAACCUACGAAAAACUGGCCUACAUGUUAAAGAGCAUGACUAGCAAGCGGCCAGCGGUGGGGGGUAAGGAGGAGGAAGGAGAUGAGCUUGACAUGUUUGCUGACAAGUUUGAUGAGAAGCAUGGUGAAACAGCUGAGGACAAAGAUGACAAUAAUAGAGUGAGCGAUGAAGUGAUGUGGGAGUACAAGUGGGAAAAUAAGGAUAAUUCAGAAGUCUACGGCCCUUUCACAAGCCAGCAGAUGCAGGACUGGGUGGAUGAAGGCUAUUUCAGCAGUGGUGUUUACUGUAGGAGGGUGGACCAGGAGGGAUCGCAGUUCUACAGCUCCAAGAGACUGGACUUUGAACUCUAUACAUGAUUUACAUCGAGUAUUGAAAACUUUGAAGAUAAUAUUAUGUUUCAGCUACAAUCAAUUCUCAGCCUUUUCAUGGUUUUUUUUUAGGGCUUUGGUUUCAGAUCUGCCAUUUUAACACUGGUUUUGUUUUCUGUACACUUUUUUUUAAAUAAAUGAUGUAUGUGGUGAAGUAAUCUGACAUGUUUCUGUUAAUCUUAGAAUCAGAUGACUCAAUUUUAAGCUCACUGUGUUUUAUUUCUUUCUUGACAUGUGCUGAAAGUUUAAAUAGCCUUUCCAGUUGACGGUACAUGUAGCACAUUUUGAGAGACUGAAUUAUUCAGUUAUUGUAGAGUAUUUUACACUUAUAACCAUGGUAAAAAAAAAAAAAAAAAACGUACACCCUCUUUAAAUGAUAAGGUUUUACUGUCUGGACAUAAUAAAAAAAAAUCACAUAUUA